AUAAUAUAAAUAACUUUGUUGAAAUUUUUACAAAUCAGUCACAAAAAUGCAGGUCCAACUUAUAUUGGUGGCCAUUGUCCUGGCGGUUUCGGCAGAAGAAAAUGUUGAACUAUUUGCAAACUUUAAGCGCAAGCAUGGCAAAUCCUACAGUCUGCUGGAGAACGAGCUCCGUUUCCAGAUCUUUCAAGAGAACUUGAACAAGAUCGAAGAACAUAACGCGCUCUACGAAAAAGGCGAGGUCUCUUGGAAGAUGGGGUUAAACCAAUUUGCAGACCUUACCGCUGAAGAGUUCGCUGCCCUAACUCCGAAAUGGAAUACCGAUAUAAUGAAUAGAACGAGAGCGCAAAAUCCCAACAAGCUGAUAUUGGUUGAAGAUGUUGCAGUCCCUAGCAGCUUCGACUGGCGAGAGAAAGGAGCGGUUACGAACGUAAAAUCGCAGGAAUCCUGCGGGGGAUGUUGGAGUUUCUCAGCCACCGGAGCUCUAGAAAGUCAUCAAUUCAUCAAAACCGGAAAACUCGUAUCUCUUAGCGAACAAAAUCUUCUCGACUGCGCCGGUCGAGCUUACGGAAAUGCAGGCUGCAAUGGCGGUGUAAUGGACUAUGCUUUCGACUACGUAAAGGACAACGGCAUUGAAAGCGAAGAAGAUUAUCCGUACGAAGCUAGAGAUGGUACCUGCAGAUAUAGCAAAUCCAAGAGUGUUCUAUCGGGUAAGGGCUACGUAGACAUCUACAAUAACGAAAACAAAUUGUUGCAAGUAGUGGCCACGAUUGGACCUGUAUCGAUAUCGGUGGACGCGGAUUACUUCCAGUUUUAUUCUUCGGGAGUGUUCAACGCUCCUCAGUGCACCACAGACGUGGACCACGGAAUAUUGAUUGUGGGUUAUGGAGAGGAGAAUGGCAUAAAAUACUGGAUAGUGAAGAACUCGUGGAGUGCUGAUUUCGGCGAGAAAGGUUACAUAAGAAUGCAACGGGGUAUUAACCAAUGCGGUCUUGCCAUGUGGCCGGUAUAUCCCCUUCUUUGAAUGUCACGUCAUUAAAACAGGGUUCCGCUAAAACAUGUGUUAUAAUUU